AUGGGCUGUUUCGGUAGCAAAGACAAGCUAUCCAAGGAAGACAUGGAUUUCUUGAAAUCCCAUACGAGAUACGAUGAAGCCACUAUCAAGGAAUGGUACAAAGGUUUCAAAGUAAGUAAAGAUGAUUUUUCUCGGUAUCACGCAGUGUAAUAAAUAUAUACUUAUAUACAUCUUGGAAGUCUCGCUAAUGAUUUAAAAGAUACCGGGAAUCUAUUUAAAUACUCCUCGUGAAAAAUUUUCUCUACGGAAAAAAUGUCUUCGAAAUUUCUAUUUCAGGUCAUAUAAGAAUAUGAAAGAUACUCCCCUCUAAAAUGCCGAAUUUUCAGCAUCGUAAAAUAAUCGAUAUUAUUAGUAAUAAUUACCAAAAUUAAUAAAUAAAACCUUCUAGCACUUCAGCACUUAAAAUAACGCUUUUAACCAGAUUGUAGUUCCCGCCAACGUAAUGUCCUUUUUUUUAAUAUUAAGGUUUUUUUUUUUAUAUUAUUUUUUAAUAAAAUGUUUUAACAAAUUCUUUCUCCCUCCAGACACAAUUUGAACGCUAAUCGUAAAUUUCAUAAUCUCGAUAAAUCGAAUAAUUCUAUAGCUCGGUAGUGAAUUUGUAUAGGUACCAUAAUGUAUUAUUGCGAACACAGGCUUAUUAUUUUUGAAGUUAUUUGUUUGUACUGCAAUACGGUAUGGGUAUGGGAAAUGACGCAAAGUUUACUGAAGUAUUCAUUUUUAUUUUCAAAAAUCAAAUGUGUGGUGAACUGCGACAACGAUGACAAGGACGUUUGUUUCAGUCCAUUUUAAUGUUCAUGCCACGUUUGUUCGUUUUCCUAUUACUCUGGAGACUACUUUUGUAGACUGAUCGAUAAUAAAGUCAUUUCGCGUAAAGCGUUGUUUCUUCCUUUUCUCCGAAAAAGUCUCGACACAUCCCAUAGAACUUCUAAAAUAUACUGCUUCCAUAUAAUAUAGUAUUGUCGCCCAAAUCACAAUUGACAAUCGUGUAAUAAAAAGUUAGUAUCUACCUACGAAUGGUUUUAGUAAUUUCCUUCACGUUUACUUUGCUUAUAUGGCAGUACUCAGAAUGACAUACAUACAUUAUUCGGCGAAAAAUACAUGUUUUUAUUUUAUAUAAAUAAAUAUUGAGGUCCGCAAUUUUGUUUUUAUAACUUUUAUAUAACGGGUGAUCAGCAGUGAUGUGCCCGGGAAUUUUCAAUGGAAUUGAAUUUAAUAUACCAAUAACAAUCACGAUUCAUGAUACAGUAACGAGAACUUAAAAUCUGGUUUCUAAAAAGCAAAUUUUUAUUCUAUAUAUCACGCUUUUCACCGAUAAUUUUAAUAUUGUAUACAUAAUUUGAAAUAACAAUACUAAAAAAACACGUUUUUUUUUUUUAAAUUUUUAAGUUAAUGUGAGAAUGGAAGUUAUUUACAUCGUCUCUGCGCACGUCGCCGAGGGUGAUUUUUACCGUGUUUAACCAUCUAUUAAUAUUUGGAGUAAAUUUGAAUUUGGUCUUUUUUUUCUCAGCCAGUGUAUAGGAAACGUUUGAAUACGAUCUUAUAUAUUAUGUAGAAUAUUUAUUAAAUAUGCACGGGAUUAAAAGAAUAAAUGCAUACCGUAAUUUAUUGUAUACACCCGGUAUAGUAGUUAAAAGUCCAUUUAUAAACGGCAUGCAAUCGUUUUAAACUUUCCGUGCACAUACCCGAUAAUUAUUAUUAUAAUCAUUGUUAUAAUCGGGUCGUGGCCAAACUUUGUCGUUGAUUAAACUCGGCUAAAUUAUAAAUUGAUACUGUUAAAACGGCUAAGCAACACUACUGUAUAUAUAAUUAAAAUAAACGUACAUAAACAUAAUUGCAAAAAAAAAUAAAAGCGAGGUUAUUAUUACACGUAUAAACUAUAUAUAUAUAUAUAUAUAUAUGAGUAUAUGUUCCAAAAAGCGCGUUAACCAUUUGAGAAAUUCUAUAUGGACCUACGAUAUAAAACAAAAAAAAACAACAUUUAAGCACAAACGUUGCCAAAUUUCAAUACGAAUCGUACAAUAUAAACAAUUUUCAGACGCUCUGCCAUCUAUUACGGCAUGAUAAUAAUAAUAACGAGCACAUAAUGAUAUUUUAUUGUCGUUCCUCUUUAAAAAUAUAGGGUGUUUUACUUUCAGAAUUUUCUAUAGUUUCUAUGCCCCUUGCAAUUUAAUAAGAUAAGGUACACACAUAUGUUUCUAUAAUUUCAUUGUUCUACGUUUCUCAAAAAUGUACUCAUGUUAUAUUACAUAGCAUAUACGAAUGUUAUAGACAUAGCGUUUAACUCGAUAUUUAUUAGAUUCUAAGUACCUAUAAAGUUAUGAAAGAAAAACAUGUAUUAAGACAUUUUUUUCUUUUCCUAGAAAACGCUUUACGUUUAGUUAAAAAUCUCUGAUUUCUUUUUUUCCCCUCGUGUAACUUUUAAGAAGCGAAAUGUUUACCAAUUGUCUAAUUUCUAAGAAUUUUUUCCUAAUCUGUAAGGUAAAGACAAAUUUAAAACAUGAAAAACCGUCUGCACUAAGUGACGUAUUAAGAACUUGUAGUUUUUGAAUAAAACAUUAAACUAAACUAAAUAAUAUAAUAUGUUUAAAAGAUAAACUUAGUAAACUUGAGGAGAAAAAACCAUCUUUACGGCGAAGUUGUUAACAUAAAUAAUAAAUCAUACGUAACAUUGUGUAACAAAUAUUAAAUGGGAAUAAAGUAUCGAGUUUAUAAAAUAUCGACUGGAUUUUCAUCAUUGUUUCCAAAUCCCGAUUAAUCCUAAUCGCGGCGAUGGGUUAGAAAACUACAUCGUGUCUGUAUAUUCUGUCGUUAAAAGCUCAAAACGCGUUUAACUGUAAUAACGAAAUAGAUAUUAAUCACACGAUUGAUUACAACGUUACAUUUGCAAAACGAUUUAGAGUACACUUAUUGCUGGGAUUUGUAAAAAUAAGCACAUUAUUACAGCUAAAGAUAAUUUUAAAAAAUUGUACUAGUAGUAUAACAAUUAUUACACGUUAAAAUGAUUGUUAGUGAUGUCGAAUACUGUAGUAUAUUAUGUGCGUAUUUAGGAAUAUAAUAGUUUAAACACGACGUAUGCUAUAUUUUUUUAUGUCCGUCUACAACUUUUCUGCUAGAAAUCUUUCUUCAAUCAAAAACAUUUUAAUACCAAGAGACCUUUGUUGUUGAAUCUUGAAUAUUUUUUUCUAAAUUCAUUAUUUGAUUAUCAUUUCAAAUUUAAAUUACUUGAAAUAUUUUUAUCGUGAGAAAAUACCAAAAUUUUUCUCUGAAACAUUGCGGAAACUAAUAAUAUAGUAUUAUAGACGUGUUUUUUAAAUCUACUAUUUACGGGUUUAUAAUAUUUUAGGCCUCGGGUUAAAUAUUCAUCGAGAAUUCUUUUCGAAUAAAAUAAAGUUGUGCAAGUUUCCUUCAGCUACGCUAUAUAUGCAAGAGCGCAGUAUUUCCCUUGUGCAUUAAAAACUUAAUUUAUCAUAUUAUAUUUUAUACGAGUACCUAUAUAUAUCUACAGGACUUUUAUUGAAGAAUUUCGUUCUUUCAAACUUCAAAAGUUAAAAUUGCACAUUAAAUUAUAUUUCUCCAGAAUUUACCUAUGUAUAUAUAUAACAUUUUUACUUUUAUAGUAUUGUCUUAAAGAAUUUCUGUUUUACGGUCAAAAAACAUCGUAAAACAGACUGGGCUGACCUGACCUAUAAGUACGAAUAUAUUGAAUUUUAUUAUUAUUUCGUAUUUCGGUUCGGUUAUGCGAUUUAAAAUAAACCGAAAGUAAUAACCCGGUUACGACUAUACAGGUAUUACAAACAUAUUAUGUAGAUAAAUUAGAAAUUUAUACAUAUUUGUAUAAAACGUUUACGGCGGUAUUAUUAUUUUUCAGAUUCUGAGUGGACGUAAUUGUUUUACUUAAACAUGUAUGCGUUGUAUUUUAAAUUGUAUUUUCUGACUGUGAAGAAGUCUGUUCGACCUGCAGAAAUAUUCACUCCGAUCGAUAAUUUAAUUUCGGAUCUAAUCGCAUGUGCGUUAAGGAGGUAAUUCGUAUUAAUUACCAUGACCCGCCUUCCGUUCGCAUCCCUACUUACGACGAUUUAUCGUUUCCUUCGGCGUGUAAAACUAAAUUGCCCUAUUUAUCUAAUGACUUAUAAAUGUGAAAAUGAGAAUCUUUAUAACAAUUUUAAUGAACGAUCUCUGGAACUACUAUUUCGACCGUUGUGUCAUUUUUUUUUUUUUUUUUAAUGAUAGAGUAAUUCACGGAAUAAGACGGAUCACAAUAUCAUGUAAGUUAAUAAAUAAUCUAGUUAUUCAUUUCUGUAAAUAAUCGAAAAACACGCUAAAGCUGUGUCAAUAACGAGUCUAUAUCGCUAUUUAGGUACACCAAAAAAAAUACCUUCACGUGCAUUUAUUACCUGUUCGGCGAACACAGGGAGAAACUUUGUUCAUUGCAUAUGUAAAGCCGGGCGAGACAGCUAGUCUCAUAUGUAUGCGACUUCCAGUUAAACAGUGAGUGAGGCCUACCCACGGUGCGAAAUACAUUGAGUUUUUUUUAACGCUCGCUGAUCUUUAAUACGGGCUAAACUGCAGUGUCCUUUUCGUUUAACGAUUUAUUAUAAACGCACUGGCGGCAUAAUUAAAAGUUAUAAUAAAGCAAAGUUUGGCCCGAGGAUAUUUGAAAUCCAAUCGUAAAUUAUCUUUAUAGACGAUUUAAACGCAAUCGAACCCGUAAUCGGGUGUUUAAAUAAUUAUAAAUUGUUAUAAUUUGUUUAUGCACAGCGGUGUAACUUCGAUAUAAUAAUAAUUUACGUAACAUUCAUACUCUCUGGGAUUAUUUAUGAGCAAUUCUCUCCCUUUCUCUGUAUGUCUCUCUGUCUCUCUCUUUCUGUCCAUUUUACUCUGCGCACCCUAAACUUCGAAACUGUAUUUAACAAUAGCUCGCCGACCAGCGGCCCCUUUCAAUAAUAAUAUCAAUACUCAUCACUGCGGUUCGGGUACGAAAUCGAGAACCCCGAAAUAUCGGAUUUAAAUGCACGCUCGGUGUGCAUAAACCGCCGUACAAAUACAUUGCCGCCAUUAUCCGUUAUAUUUGAGCUCGGACUUAAAACGGUGAGAUAGUGCUAUAAUAUUAUUAUCGUACCUAUAUUAUACACAUCAAUACAAUAAAUCGCUUUUACUGUUUAACGAAAUUCUGUAUAGCUCGUAUUAUUACAUAUAUAAUAGAUUCGAAUGUUUUGUAUUGCUUUUAAAAUUAAAAUAUAUAAUAAAAAUAACAAUAAUGAUAAACCACUAAAUUUAACCACCAUCUUAAAAACGCUAACACUAAACUGACAGGCGUGCCGCUGUUUUAGGAAGCGCGUUUGGAAAAGACGAUAUGAUUUAGAGUAAUUUAAUUUAUAGCUGUACACAACGAUAAACCAUUGCUAUUGAAAAACGAUUCCACGCAGAAUAUUAUUAGUGACAUUUUCCCCCUUGUUGUCGAAGUAUCGACGAAGUAUAUACUAAAAAUCUCCACUUUAUCCCAUAUGCUGAAAAAUAAAAAUCCACAAGAAAUAAUAAAACAUAUCCCCGACUUGAUUAAAUAUGUUACAAGAAUGUCUCCAUAAAGUUUUGGGUCGAAACGAGAUAUUUAUAGAACCAAAAAAGAAAAACACGUCGUAGUAAACCCAAUACAUUCGCGACCGUAUACAUUUUAUAUCAAUUAGUACAACUCAAUUUUAUAAUUAAUACACGGCCGAUAAUCGUUUGCGAUAAAUGGUUAAAAAACAAUACGAGGAAAAACAAAAAUUGUAUAAUAACGAAAAACUCCAAAAAAUUAUUUUAAAAAUAAAAAGAAGGAAAAUAAAAUAACAAUCGUAUAUAAUAUGAAAAAAAUGGUUGUAGUUAAUGUGCAGGUUAUUGGACCAAAAGAAUAAAAAAAAAAAACCAAAUGACUAACAUCGCCUUGCAGUCUACAUCAUCUGAAUUCUUCUCAUUAUUUUUAGUACCUGUCUGACGCCACUGCUGGUCGUACGCACCAAUUAAUUUUUUUUCCCGAACAAAAUCGUUUUUUAUUGUAAUAAUAAUUAUUAAAUGCUAUAUAAAUCGUAAUUUCAUCGAAUUCGUCCGAGACUCGUGUUUAUUUUGUAUUUGUAUUUUUUCUUUUAUAUUUACUCACUUGUCGCGAGUUAUUUAAUGGUCCACUCAAAAAUAAAACCAACGCAUACGAGAACACUACACGAUUUCCAUCAUUAUUGUGUUUUUUAAACGAACGAAAAAUUAUAAAAAUACAAUAAUGAAACAUAUAUAAAUGUGUGUUUAAAAAAAAUAUCGCGUUGUUAAUAUCCGAGUAAAAAAGUUUUCCUAAACAAAUAUUUUCUUACGUUAUUUUGGUAUUAAAAACCUUGGACACUUAUUUUGUGUUUAAAAUUUCUUUUAUGUUAUGACGUAUAAACAUUUUUGCCAAAACAUUUCAAAUUGAAUGUGAACUUAGAACUUUGUAUUGUCUCGUAUUUUGUCAUUUUAAAUAUUUUUGAAUCGUUUUUGUUUUUUUUUUUUUUGAUAUAUACACAUCACGCUGACAACUAAGGGUGACAAAAGUAUAGCAUAUUAUUCUAAAAAUAAAAAAAAAAUAAAUAAAACUAAUUUAAACACUAUCCGUGAGAUGUAUACAAGUGUCAUUAUAAUCAUUUUAAAUUCUAAAUUUGCUUAAGUCCUUCCAAACAGAAUAUUUUCCAUGAUUUCGCAUUCACUUUUAAACUCUAUAUUUAGUAUAUCACCGAUUUUUGUAUGAUAAUUGUAGUACACUGUAAGGGCAGAUUUGAGGAGAGGACGUGGCGAUGAAUUUGUAUUUUUCGAAAGAAAUACAAAUGGGUGAAAAAGGUAUCCAAUGAUAAACGUUUUAGUACGUAAAAAAUUAUUAUUAUAAUAUUAAAUUAAAUUAAACAAAUACUGAAUCCUCCUUUCCCCUGAAAUUUAAUUUCGGCUACUGUCUUGUAAUUUUGGUACCCAUGAUAUCAGUUUGCUCCCUCCUCCCUUAAAAAAUCCUUAGAUCCUCCACUUAUAGGGGUAUAUACUUGGGCGUUUUGAAAUUGCUUAUUCUCUUUGAUGAGGUAUUUACUUAAUUUUACUUACAUGAAAUUCGGUAAUUUGAUUCGAACGAAAUUCGUUCGGUUUAAACAAAUUUGCCCGUUCAAAAAUUAUUUAUUUAAAUUGACAGCGAAGUUCUUUUUACAUUUUUUUUUUUUUUUUUUUUUUUGUUAAAUAUCUUAUGACGUAAAAAAAAUUAUAAAUAACUGUACAAAGACCUACGUAUAAUUUAUGAGUUAUCAUAAUGUUAUAAAUCUGUAUAGGUAAGUAGAGAAAAAAAAAUGAAAAAUACCUUUUCUAAAGGAAAAUGAACCACGGACGUUCUUCGUUAUCUAUUAAAAAGAAGGAAAAGUGCAAAAAAUCCUGACUUACGUUAUUAAUGACCCGAGUCAUAAAAAAAAAAAUAUAUAUAUAAAGGUUUAAUAACUAUCCUCAAGAGAAAGAGAGCAAAAAAAUAGCGAGAGACACCGAGAGACAAACACCAGAUGUCAUUUUAAUCUCAAAAGAACCGUCAUUUUUAUAUCUGACAAAUUGUUCACUUUCUCUUUAUACAUUAUUAUAUAAUACAAAAUAAACUUUAAUCCACUCUGGAACUCAUGAUCCUCCGGCUGAACCGAAAAAAGUCAACGUAGUAGGUAUUAAUGUCUUUCGUAAUUGACAAGAUAAAAACCGUUCACGGAUCGUAUGAUUUUCAUUUUUUUCGUUUUAAUAAAGUUCUAAAAUUCAAAUUUUUGUAAACUUUGUACAUAAUAUAUUUAUAUAUGAUAUCUUUGUACCUAAUUAUUGUCUAAUCUUGCCUAUCCUAACCUAACAUACGUGAACAUUCAAAAACAGUACUUAGCUAUAUCGAAUACCCAUCAAAAUUAUUGUAAUUAUAUUUUUUAAAAAUAAAAACCACUUUUUUACAAAACAUUUUACUUUUGUUUAAAAGAAAGUUCGGUAUGGUAGCGAGUAAAUGGUUUUUCGAAACCUUUAAUCCGCUCGACUGAAAUGUAUUGUACAAGUCCGACAAACUGAUUACAAUAUAUUAAAGGUUCUUUUUAUUGCCGAAUAAUAAUCAUUGCCAUCCUGUGGAAACUUUUUAUUCUACGUGACAUCUUCAAUGUUCAUAGAAAUCUGAUUUUAAACGGGGGUACAUUCUCUGUAAUAUAAACACACGGGACAUUUGAUACGAAAAAGUUUUAAUAGGCAAAAAAAAAUAAGAAACGAAAUAAUUAAAUAUUAAGUCUUUAUACUAAACAAAAAAAAGUUGUGUUUUAUUUAAUUCUCCAAAUGACUAUUUGACUAUGCGAGAAGGUAUAUUCUAUACAAGGUAUACAGUCAUGUUAUUCCGAUACUAUUUUAUCUUUGUUAUUAUGUAUACAGUUUUUUUUUCCAUAGGAUUAUAUGCAAAAUUGCAUUUGUAUUUUUACCCCAUAAGUUUACUAGGUUUACCUAGUAAAAUGUUAUUUUAAUAACAUUUUAACGUUUGUUUUUUAGAAUUUUGAAAAUAGACACUUCAUAACAGAUAUACAUUAUUUUAAAAUUAGUUUAUUUAACAUACAUAUGUACCCGAUGAAAUCUGAGGAAUCACUGGGAUAUCCAAGGAAUAUGAAAACGAUUAUAUUCAAUAGGUUACUACUAUACUUUUCGCAAUAAGGAAUCACACUCGAAACACUAUACAAAUAUACAGUGAUGUUUAAAGCAUUCUCUUACCAUUUGUAUGGUUAAAUUAUGAAUACAUUCAAAUUAUGAUUUUUUUUUUUUAAUUUCCAAGUGUUGUUUAAGACGAUAUUUUUAAAUACUUAAAUUGUUUACAACAUUUUGGGAAUAUCCUAUUGUAAUACCAACUUUAAUUUUCAAAUGAGAAUCUAUAUUAUAUUUAAGUGAAAAUUGUGAAUCAGUCGAUUUUCUGAACGUUUUGACCUUUUUAAUCGAAAUUUAAACAAAUAGUUUCCGAGUUAUACGAAUACCACUUUAAAUACUGUGUAUACUAAAUUAGUCGAUUAAAUAUAUUUUAAAUGGGAAAGAUUUUGGUAGUGUAAAUUUAUAAGCAUUAGUAUGUAUUAAAACAUUAUCCGAGUAUACAUCACCAAGUCGUAACCAUUAAAACAUAAUUUAUGUUGAAUACCUAAUUAAAAUUACCAAACUCGUACCCAUUCGAAAUGUAUUUAAUAGGCUAUCAUCCUUAUUAUAUAAAGUAGAACAAUACGGAAACUUUUCGUUUAAAUUUCAACUAUGGUGCAUCAGAAUUUUCAAGUACUCAUCUGUUAGACAAUGUAUGCAUUAAAUCAUGUUCUUGUUUAAAAAACCAAAGUAUAGUAUAGUACCGCCUUUAAACGACACUUAAAAAUUCCCAAAAUCAAUAUUUGAAUAUAUACAUAAUUUAACCACAAAAAUUGGGUGAGCAUGCUUAAAAAAUCACCCUAUAUAAUAAUAUUAUGUACAAUGCAAUAAGAUUUAUAGAACAAUAAAUAAUACAAAGUGGCUGUUUUGAACAUUUUUAAGAUUUGACAAACAUAAAUUGAUUUUUUUUCUUGUGAUUAUUAAAGAUUAAAAUUAAAAAAUAUAUUUUUCUCUAAAUAUAUGAAUCCCACGUGCAAAAUCAGAAUGGAAAGAAGAAUUGAAUAUUAACAGAGAUCGGUCCACAAACACUGUGUUGUAAAAUUAUAGGCUAUUUAAAUUUCAAAAAUAUGGAUAAUGCUGAUAUUUAAAAACGUUUCUUUUACGGGGCAUUAUAGCAAUAAUUGUUAUAAAAUAAAAGUUCCAUAAUUCGAAAGUUUUUUUUUUUUUAAUGCGUAUAUUCCAUACGACGACGCAACGUAUAAAACAAAAACUUUAAAAAUGGAAGCGUUUAAAUAUAAUAGAAUUAUUUAAAAAUUUAAUCCGGAAACACUCGCACAAACUGUUAGAAAUAUCCAUUAAAAAAAAAGUAAAAAUUAAAAUUGCCAACUGAGUAGAUAUUAUAAAUAGCAAAGUAUUAAAAAAUAAAAAAUAAUGAUGAAAAGAGCAAUCCUGACAUAAUGUUUUUUUAUCCCCGGUAAAUUAUGUUUUAUAAAUAUUUAUCAAGAUAAAACAUAAAAAAUAUAAAAGUUUUGUUAUUACGACUCACAGUAUUCAGUUGUAAAACACUGCUCUCGGUAUAAUACGUGAAUUAUACUGACCGGUGUUUGAUUUCCGGCCGCGAAAUUAUUUUAUUGGCGAUCAUUUUUUAUUCGUAUUUUAUUUUUAUUUUUUUUCAUUGAUGAAUCUUAACAGAUGCCUCAUGUAAAUAAUGUUAUGCAUUUCGCACCGUCUUGUAAUGUGUUAUUUUUUUAGCACUUGUUUUAUGCGUUUUCAAUAUUCUUAGUCGAUUACGAAUAGACACUUUGGGCGGUUUUUUUACGAUUAUAAAUCAGUAGGCUAUAUUAUUAUGUUAUCAAGAAAUAAAAUAAACAGAUUUUGCUCAAAGAGUUUACCGAAAAUUGUUCUGGUUUUUAAUUAUUUAAUUUUCUAAACAACAUCAUCAUCAAAGUUAAUGAAAACGAUUUUUAAAUGUUUUUUGUAUAUCACAAAAGUAGUGGUCAAGUUCCGGUGAAUAAAUAUUCAUGCAAUAUAAUAACAGAUAACACCAUUUAUACUUGAUCAAAGCUGCUGCUGUCGUCAUAUUUAAUAAAUUCCAAAAAUUGUUUUAAACAUUCGACUAAUUUUAAAAUCUAAUCAUAAAUUAUUUUUCAGAACUUAUAAAAAAAAACCACUUGACAUCUAUCUGAGGUAAUCGUUUUUAAUUGAUUUUAAGUCGGAUCACCCUAUUGCAGUAUUCGUGAGUCUAAAGUGCUGUGCAUAAACUCGACCUACAGCAAUCCGUUUUUGGAUUUACGUAUAUUAUUUGUGAUAUUUUAUAGUGAAAUUUGUGAUUUACAUUUUCAGGUCGAUUUUAUUUUUUUUAAGUGUUUUUUGUUCGAUAGAAUUCUGAGUUGUGUAUUUUUAUUAAUAGAAUAUGGUCACCAUGAGUUUUAACGAGAUUUAAUAUUAUUAUUAGUAUAUACGAGAGGUGGGUGACGGGUAUGUGGUCAUGUAAGUUAAAUUCAAUUCGGCCCAUCAAUAAUCCAUAAUAAUCCAAUUAUUCAGCAUACGCCACGACUGAUUAGGGGGGGGGAGGUACAUAAUAAUUAUGAUAUUUCGAAAACCUAUAACAGUAUACGAUAUGAUGCAUCACCCUUAUAUAAUAACGAUAUCAUCGUACCUGUACAUAUAUAAUAUUAUACAUACAUACGUAUUUAUAUACGGGGGAGGAUGCUCGUCGCCGUCGUCGUGCGAAUAAUUUAUACCUCGAUCGUUGUAAACUCCGCCGCCGUUCUCGGCUGUUCUUGCAGCGAUCGGUCGGAGUUGGAAAGCGACCGAACCGGAGAGGGGUGACGGAAGAGAUGCGUGGUGGUAUUAACCUUUUCUGGAUUUUGUUUCGUAAGAUUAAUGGCAUUAACCCCGGGGAAAAUGAUUAAUUGAGUUCUCCCCGCGACGGGGUAAGAAGUCUCCACGCGUUUUGGAUAGGUAUCUCCCUGUCCUCUCCCGGUCCCCACAGCAACAGCAGCAGCAGCAGGCCAUCUCCUCUUUCCGCUACCGUCGUGUCGGCUGCGCUGUCCGUAUAUUAUAAAAGACAACACCGCAGUUUCCCUGUGUACGGUUUCCGCCGGGAAAACACACCGGGCCGCGCGACCAUCGCCUAUAUAAUACAGCGGAUGUUUGUGUGUGUGUGUGUGUGUGUGUGUGUGUAUGUGCAUUUAUAUGUAUACACGGUGUCCGGGUAGUAGUUACGAGCAGCAGGUACACAACUGCGGUAUACCUAUAUACCGUGGUAACAGCGUGCAUUACCGCCGCCGCCGCCGCCACUGCCGGUCGGUAGCCUUGCCAGGUCGUUGGCGGUGGUAACGGUUGGCGUAGGUAUAGAGGAUAGUGCGGUAAUCGUUGGUCCCACAGGAUCAUCCGCUCGAAAUUCCGUAUUAUAAUAUAUAAUACCUUUAUCCUUAAUACCUUUAUCGUGGCGCGGUUCUGCAGUCCGCCGCCGCGCCGUUUCGUCGUCACCCGGAAAACUUUCCGUUUCCUGAGUUAAUACAGAGAUUGGUAUCUCUCUCUACGUCUCUCUCUUUCUUUCUCUGUAUUAUUUUUUACCGUAUACUCGGUGAACUUUGGCAAUAUUAUUAUCGUCACCUUUCUCCGAGAGUCGUUUCUCCGGUCCAUUGCCCGACGCUCCUCCCAAAUGGACGAAAAAAAAUAAUCGACUUUUUUUUUUUUUAAAUUCCAAGUGCAUCGUACAAACAUAUUGGUUUUAUAAACCUUCAAUUUUAUGUCUAUAACCACUUUCCUCGUGAAAAUCCCGGAAAACUUUCGAGCCGUAUAAUGCGGAUUUUCAUCCCGCGGCAGUACUUUAUUCGAAACGUUUUUUAUUCCUAGAUUCCCGAAUUCUCCUCUCUCUCUUGUUAUCAACCCUUAGAUUGACUCGCAUCAUUACGCCUCCAUCCGUUUUGUUGCCCGCUCGUCCAUUUUCCUCGUCAUUUGUAAAUAUGAAUAUUUGAUCUUUCGUGAGCUGUUUUUAUAUUCUACCCUAGAUUGAAAGACCUUCAAUUAAAUUUCAACAGAUCUUCGUGUCUGAUUAUUUUAUUUUGUUUUACACGCCCGUAGGCAUUUUCAAUGAGAUGAUUUAUCUCAUAUGAAUUAUCAUAUAACAAUACGUUGAAUUCACUAGAUACAUAUGUUAAAUACAAUCCACUCGUUUCGUCUACUUAUCAAACUUCACCAUGUCGCUAUGUGUUUUUCUUUCCAACACAUUAUUUAGCACCUAUUUAUUUGUCAUUUUUUCCACCUAACAUUAGCUGAUAGUAUAGUACGGUAAUUUCUAUUUUGUCUUUCGUGUGGCAGUGUAGUUGCCAUUAACAUGUUUGCCACGUUUGCUGACUCGUAUCCGGUAUGAAACUGUACUCUACUUUUGAACUAAUUCUCUACUACAAUUUCUACCUAAAAAGCCUAGUCGUCUCUACGGCUGGCGGGAACAACUGACUACAUAUUCUUAUUCAUACGGCGAUCCCUGUUACAGUUUUUCUGAAAUAUUUAAAAUUAAAAACUUAAGAUUAAGAAUUAACCAAGUUUUAUAAUAAUGAACUCGGCUCCGCCCUUGUAUAAAAUUGACUUUGCCGUGCUCCUGUAGGGUGACAGUGAUGUUCCGUGUGAUCUUCCCUUCGGUCGAUUUUCGCUCGAAUAACUUGGUUUAACACGUAAUUAUUAUGUUGUUAUCAUCGUCUCUGGCGUAAAACUUUCAAAGUAGUCGGCGACGCGACGAAACGGCAUUCCGUUACACUGCGCAUUUGAUUCGACAAUAUUCAAAACCACGACCAAAGUUAUUAUUAUGACGUAAUAUUAUAAUACGCGUACGGGUAUUAUUUUGUCUCGACUCUUUCGAUCUUUUGACGUUUCAGCAAUUGAACGGCGACAGUGUGUCGCGGCGUCAGUAUAGCCUUGGCGCCGGGAACAUCGCUUCAUCGGUAACCUCGUCAACGAAAACAACAACGCGCCAUUUCUUUCAAAUCCUACAUUCAUUAUUAUUGUUAUUGCGUAUCUAUUAAUUUUGAAAACGAAAUUAUACGUGAAAAUUUGCAUCGACGCCAUCAUAACGUAAUAAUAAUAAUACAAUAUAUUAUUAUAUAUUAUGAUUUGGAGUGUUGGGCCCAGACUUUAAUUUUUUGUAGAGGGUGAAACCAUCCGCAACAAUGAAACUUGAUUGGUAUGCGUUUUGCCGUAAACAAGAAAAAAGUAUAUUAUACUACGUUGUUCGUGAGGUGAGGGCCAAAUGAUCUAUUUCUCUUCCCUGGAUCCGUCAUUGAUGAAUUGAACAGAUUUAUUUUCGUAAGUCGGGUGUGGGGGUUAUUUGGAAAUAUAUGUACAAGUAUUUUGUACGCAGUUUAUUUAUUGCGGAUAUUUUGAAUAAAAACUGCAAUAAUAGAGUAGUUUAACUUUUGCUAAUCAUAUAUUUAUAUAUACAUCAUUUAUAUCAUUUAACACGUAUAUUAUUUUUACUACAUUUACAACUUUAACAAGCCAUUUAUGCUUUCAGUAGCCAAAACUAAUAAGUCUCUGGAUCUAUUUUUAGCCACCUGUCGAGUCAGUCACUAGACAGUCUCUAUAAAAAGUGUGCACUAUUACAUCAAUUGUAUUAUCAACUUAUCUCUUAGAUUAAGUUAGGUUUCUUACGUACACUGAAAUGGUUUCAUAAAACAGUCCGAUAGCUUAUAACACAUUUUGAUUAUAAUAAUUAAUAAUUGACGACGAUAUUGCGGUAUUAUAACGCGUAACCAAGUGUAUGAUAUCUAAUGUCUAUGGUGACAUGGCAAAACGGUCUAACCAUCACGGCUUCACUAUUGGAUGGAGAAAUGAGUGUUUUGUCCAUUGCGAGUGCGCAAAAACAGCUGUUACUGUUAUUUAACGAACAAUUCGAAUUUUAAGUUCGGGGUAUAAACGCCACCUUUAUUUUGUCUUCUCAAUUAUAUGGUGUAAACGACAAAAAAAAAAAAAAAAAAAAGGUACUCAAUGAAAAAAUUCCCUGUUCCGAUCAAAAAAAAAGUUAUUGCUAACCAAAAGAAAAAAAAGAGUUAAAAUUACAAAUAAAUAUUUUUUUGACUCUCCCGAAAACUGCGAACCGUGUCACUAUCGUAUUAUGCGGAUGCGAAAAAACCGCGAACGACUGAUAACCGAGUUAUUCCCAAGCUGCGGCGUUCGGACGACAUAUGCACACGGUUCUGUUGUGUUGAAAAUACUCGGGGUAAAAUGUGCGGGGACCUAUAGACCGCGUUUGAGUAAUAUUACGCGUUAUUAAAUUAUGAUACACGAAUCGUUUGCGAAUAACAACAAUAACCGACUGGUUUGUCGGCUAGACGCGAAACACGCGUAUUAAAACCUAUUAUUGUUAUUACAGGGCGCACAGCUAUAACGAUAUCGUACCGUUCUGUUAUAUACCGUAUUAUAGGUACACUGCUCGUAUUUACCCAUACGUAAUAUAUGCGUUUGCUCCGAACGAGGUUUUACGGUUUCGCGCAUUAUAUCGCGACCCUCCAUCAUCGUCAUCGUCAUCGUCGUACGUAUACGCUCGUCUAUACGUGUGUACGCAACAUUCGAGUGAAAUUUAAUUACGAACGCACGCCUAUGUAUUAUUAUUGGACAUGACGCGGUGACGUGUAUUUAAGCCCCGGAUAGCGACGAUUACAAUAAUAAUAUCGUACGAUGCGAUGUUCGUGUACCUAUAGUUUAUCGGUUAGAUACCUAUAUAUCCGCCCGGCUAUAAUCCAUCCGCACAUGUACGUACGUAUGGAAUUUGCCCACUAAAUCGCGGAAUCGGUUUAUGUAAAUUGUCCGCGCGAUCAAAAUAAUAUUGCGCUGUAUACGACGUUCAUAUAGCGGCGGUACGCGGUGAUCGCCCCUCCCCCCCCUCCCCCCGGUACGUUCGGGUAUAGUCGCUAUCGGAUUAUACUAAUAAUAUUAAAUCAUUUGGCAGCGGUUCCCGACCGGUUGUCUGCCAAACUAUAUUUUGUAUCGUUCUAGAAAUUAAAAUUAAAAAAAAAAAGGUUUACAGUGGCGUGGGCCAACAAUAUCCAUGUCGAAUAACUGAUUGUCUGAAAACUGGUGCGGUUUUGAACAUGGAAUAUUGGUACGAUCGUUAAAAGUCAGGGUUUCUUAAGCCAUAUAAAACAAAUCACAAAGUAUCUACACUCCAUGACCGUGGUCUUUUAUCUCGCCCACGAAAAAUUAAAUAAACAAUCAAAACAGCGCGGAUACCCAAACUCUCAACAAUAUGCAAAUUCAAGACCGAAGACGAGAGUGCAUAAUAUAAAACUGAGAAGUUUAAUAAUAUAGCUAUUAUUAUUGUACUAUUGUUGUAACUAUUAUCGUAUGGUAUUGUGAAUUUAUAUUUAAUUUAACUUUGCGCACAUUUUUUAAACUUCAAACUAUGAACUUGUGCAACUUUUUCAUUUGGACUUCAAAUUAAUAUUACGAGAAAACUGUUAUUAUGUAUUAUAAAUUUAUAUUCAAUUUAUUUUUGAACACAUUUUUUGAACCUCUGAAAAUAAAAUAUUUUCUAUUCUGCCUAUUCCAUUUCUUUUAUUCAAAACACAAUAGACCGUACCAAUCUUCUGUUUGUCCAAAUAUGUAUGUCUUACGUAGUUUUAUUAUUGCAAUAUUUUCAACAUAUUUUUCAUAAUGCGUGAAUAUUUGUUAUUGUAAUUUCAGCAAGACUGUCCGAACGGUCGUUUGACACCGGCCAAAUUCGUGGACAUGUACAAAAUGUUCUUCCCCAGCGGCAACGCCGAAGAAUUUUGCGAUCACGUGUUCCGGACAUUCGAUAUGGACAAAAACGGUUACAUAGACUUUAAGGUAAGUCCCUAUCUCUCUAUACAUAGUAUAUACCUAUACUACCUAUACCUAUAUCAUACCUAUAGAUACAUUCACUAUUUUACUAUCUCUAUAAUAUUCCGUUCAAAAUAUGUUGUAUAAUAUAUUAUAACAAUUGGGGGAAUAAUAAUAAAACAAAAAAUAAGAAACAUUUCCUGAACGAUUUUAUUGAAUUUACCCACGUGUACACAUAUAUAUGUCGUUCGUCCGCUCGUCCGUUAAAGGUCGUCAAAUGAACUUCACUCGGACCCUUUUGCCGAUCGUUCAAUGAAAUAUCAACUUUUAUUAUUCAUGGGGUCGCUCCUGUCCUUAUAUUACUAAACCCUCGCCCCACCACCUCCUAUCAUUCUUCUACUUCCAAUUUUUCGACGUACAACGGGCGCUAUUAAAACUCGUGAAUUUCAAUUGGUUACAGGAAUUUCUAUUAGCCAUAGACGUCACGUCAUCCGGUACACCGGAAGAAAAACUAAAAUGGGCGUUCAGAAUGUACGACGUGGACGGCAACGGUGUCAUCGACAUUCAAGAGAUGACGAAAAUUGUUCAGGUAGGUAUAUUUUUUGUAAGUACUUAACAACGGAGAUGCUCGAUUGCGGUCCCGAAUACAGGUUUACCUACCACCAAGUAGACCUAGCUAUCAGAUAGACCUAUUCAAUCCCAAGUAUAAGUAUCCCGAUUGCAUCUAAACACACAAUGGUCCAUAAGAUGAAAUAAAAUAUUAUACUAAUAUUCCGGUUCCUUUUUUUUUAUAUAUAUAAUUUAUGUACAUUAUAAUUGCUAUUGGAAGUCUUAUACGAGUACGAAGUCGAAAUAUCACAAAUUGCAGUCAAGAUUUGUUACAUAAAAUAAACGAGUUUAAUGAUCAAAUUAUUAAAAUUCCAUAAAUAAAUAAAAGGCAUACAGUAUUUAUAUUAAAAAAAAAAAAGAAAAAAUCGUUUUUUUUUUAAGGUUACUGAUCGAUUUUUAAAACUAACCUAGUUAGUAAGUGAAAUUAUAAACUAUAGAAUAAUAUAUAAGAUUAUUUUAUUUAUUAUAAUUAACUUAUCAGUUUUAUUUACACACCGUGGUUUAAUUUCGACCGUCGCUCACAAAAAUUCUCAGUAGCCUUUUUUUUGACAUCAUCAUCGUGUAUUCGUUGACGUUUCAAUAUUGGUUCAGUAUUUGAUUUAUGAUUAUGAUCACUAACGUCAAAUUUAUUUGCGCUUUUUAAAAUUUUUUUCUCGCAUCAUUUAACAAAACGUUUACAAUUUUUUAUUUGUACAUCAUUUUUCAAUUUCGUUUGCUAACGGUUUAUGAAAGUUUAAUUUAAAGUUAAAUAUCCAUAUUACUAAUAUUGGUUUAUCUUUUUCACUUAACAUUUCAAAAACAUCCAUUCUUAGAACACUUUUUAAAACGAACAACCAUACAACCGCUGACACUAAAGUAAUAAAUAAUAACAUCAUUACAUUAUAUACAACUGCGUCCCACUAGCUUUGCAAUCUUGCAGUUUAUCUGAUUUAUUAUUUUUUACAUACUGGAAAGCACUAUUCGCGACGAAUAUAGAUAUCUUAUGUAAAUGCGCGGUAUUUUAUUUAUACGAAAACACGUUGAACGCUAUUGUUAAUAUGUAUUUAGUUUUAAUAACCAUUGAAAACGGUAUUUCCUACUUACUUUAUACGGGUCACAAUCGGGAUAUGAAAAAAUAUCACUUAGACCGAAUCGGCUGACGCCUCUUAACAACAUAUAGGGCUACAACCGAUCCUGUCGAAUGAUUCUAUUACAACAUUAUAUCUUAUUCACAAAUUAUUUUUCAUGGGUAAUGGGGAAAAAAAACAGUCAUCCUGUAUAAUAUAAUUUGUAGGUACACCUAAAACACUACGGCCUUCAUAACUCGAAGUGUUUCAGAAAUCUCGAACUUAAUGGAGUUAUGAAGGUAUUAUACAUAGUAGGGAAGCAGGGGUUAAAUACAUGCUUUAACAACAAUAUUAUAUGACGUUUUCCAAUAAAUUACGAUAAACGUUAUUCUGUAAAACCUAACAAUUUAGACUUUUGGCUUUUUACACUUUUUCGAAUGGUUUCACAAGUAAAAGAUCAACUCGUGAAAUCCAAUACAAUAUAUUACUAUCCAAUUUCAAGUUCAAACGUUACAGACUGAAAUAACAAAGCAUUCGGUUGUAUUUUGACUUCUAUAAUGAUUUGAUACAAAAUGACGGUUUCGUCACUUGAUUGAUCAGUUAAAAAUUAACAGAUUAAAUAAUGUAUGUAUGUAUUUAAUGAAAACUCGCGUCUUUUUUUAUGGCCAAAUGUGUUCUUUCGUUAGCAUAUUCUUUCGGAAGAGGAUGAUUGAAUUGAAAAGGGGUGGGUAGUGGUAAUGGAGUGAUGUAGAAAAAAAUUGUAUACUCUAUAGGGUGUAUUAUCAUGGCACACGAAACUUUCACUAAAAAUUAUAAUAUAGGUAUAAAGAGAAUGAUUAAAUAUAAAAUAUUCAUUCAGAUUCAGUAACUUAUAUAGUGGCGCACUAGGUAGGACAUCGGGUUUUUAGGUUUCGAGAAGGGUAGAUCAUAAGUCCGAGUAGUGUGUAUCCGAGUUUGAUAAUCAUAAAUAAUCUAAAGUUUCUGGAGAUUUUUCUGUCUUUUUUGAAAUUUUUUUUUUAUAACAACAAUAUGUUUAUCAAUUUCAUAAUUUACAAUUACUCAUUUAAUUUAGUGUUAUUAAAUCGAUAUAUUUUUUAUGGGGUCAUAGUAGAAACGAAUUGAAUUAGUAUAGUUUUUUCAUUAAAUUAACGUUUCGUUGAAUGUAAGCUACAGCGAUACAUCAAAUAACGAUAUCGUCGUCUAAGAACCAUCAUGGCCAAUCUCAGUUUUCCCAACUUUUGAGGAAGAACAUAGAAACUGGCAAUGGAUCGUAAUAUAAUAAUACCGUGGCCAGUUCACGAACAAUUUUAGAUAAAUCAUGAUGACAUUUCGACAGCAAAUCUAUCGAUGCAACCUAGGAACUAAAGAAAAAGUUGGAAACACAAAUCUAUUCGUAUUGAAAAAAAGUAAUAAUCAGUUUCAAAUUUUUUCGAAAACGGCCACACGGUGAUUCUUAGAUGACGAUUUUUGUAUAUAUUUAAUAUUCAUACUAUGUUUGCGCGCGUUUUUGUAGGCUAUUUACGAUAUGUUGGGCGCUUGUUCGUCCAACCGUCCGGCCGACUCCGCGGAAGACCGGGCCAAAAACAUAUUCGCCAAAAUGGACGAGAACAACGACGGGCAGCUGACCCAAGAUGAAUUCCUCAAAGGCUGUCUGCAGGACGAAGAGCUGUCCAAAAUGCUUGCGCCGUAA